GGACACGGUUCACCGAGAGCACACCGACACUGGAACAACAUUUAAAAACAACUUCGGUUUACUACCAAGCUUUUGUUCUCAGGCGGAAACGGACAGAGACUAGCAGCGUCUUUUAGCCGAGCUUUUGUAUCCAGUUUUCCCGGUUUUCCUGGAGAUGUGUCGCUGGAGGAGCUGCUAGCGGGCAGCGCUGCUCUCUGUAGCCGCGAUGAGUGGGAGCUCCGCGGUGUCCGGCGCGGCGCCCUGCCGCUUCGCUCAUUACUUUGUCAUCUGUGGGAUAGACACCGAAACUGGAUUGGAACCGGAUGAGUUAGCAGCUUUGUACCAAUGGCUAGAAGCAGACCGCCUUGGCAGGGAUCCAGAAACUGCAGCCACAGGUGAGAACUUUGAGCAGAGCCCCCUGAAGAGGACAUUCAAGUCCAAAGUUCUGGCACGUUACCCAGAGAACGUGGAGUGGAACCCCUUCGACCAGGAUGCUGUCAACAUGCUGUGUAUGCCCAAAGGCCUGUCGUUCAGGACGCAGGCAGACCAGCGGGAUCCACAGUUCCACUCCUUCAUCAUUACCAAGGAGGACGGCUCUCGGACCUACGGCUUCGUCCACACCUUCUUCGAGGAGGUGACCAGCCCACAGAUCUGCUCUGCCAUGCAGACCCUCUACCAGAUGCACAAUGCAGAGAGCGCCACUGCCAACACCCCUCCCUCCUCUUCCUCCUCCUCUUCCUCCAGCAUGGACUCCUUGGCAAGCAGUUUAGACGAUGCUGACUCCCCCACGUCUUCAUCCUCCUCAUCUUCAUCUCGCAGAGCCGUUGGCUACGACUCAUCGCGGGACACCCUCUACGUGUCCAAGGCCCUGUGUCUGAUCACGCCCAUGCCCUUCAUGCACGCCUGUCGCCGCUUCCUGUCACAGCUACACAGGGCUGUUACUGCAGCCACUGCGCCCCCGCUGCCGCUGGAGAGCUACGUUCACAACAUCCUGUACGAGGUGCCGCUCCCUGCUCCGGGACGAUCGCUCAAAUUCCACGGAGUGUACGAGCCUAUUGUGUGUCAGAGGCCUGGGCUGGGGGAGCUGCAGCUAGCCGACUUCCCCCUGGCGGAGGCCUUCAGUCUGCUGGGAGUGGAGAACCUGGUCCAGGUGUUCACCUGCACCCUGCUGGAGAUGCAGAUCCUGCUGUACUCACAGGACUACCAACGGUUGAUGACGGUGGCCGAGGGCAUCACCACCCUGCUGUUUCCCUUCCAGUGGCAGCACGUGUACGUCCCCAUCCUGCCGGCCUCCCUCCUCCACUUCCUGGACGCUCCUGUUCCCUACCUGAUGGGCCUGCAGUCCAAAGAGGGCACAGACCGCUCCAAACUGGAGCUUCCUCAAGAGGCCAACCUGUGUUUCGUAGACAUUGACAACCACUACAUCGAGCUUCCAGAGGACUUCCCCCAGUUCCCCAACAAGGCCGAGUUCAUCCAGGAGCUCAGCGAGGUGCUGCUUAGCUUUGGCAUCUCUGCCAACACAGGGGCUCCACCACGGACACGCACCAAUCCUGGCAGUGCUCCUGGCAGCGCUCCCGGCAGCACCCCGUCCACCCCCGGCAGGGAGCGUAAAACCGUGGCUCUUCGGCAGCUGGAGGACGACGGCCGUAACGGCAACCUUGCAGGGGAGGAGCUGGCAGUGCUGGAACUGCUGCAGGGAAACGCCACACUGGAGAGACUGCAGGCGCUGACCAAGCGCACCGGGGUGACGGUGGCCCGUGUGGAUGCCCUGAGAGCCGGGGUCAAAGCUCAGGGUACUGAGGGGCAAGGGGGCCGGACAGCAGCUGAAGAGGAGGAGCUGAGGAAUGCCAAGCUAAACGUCCAACUGAGGGAGGUGUUCGCCAGCCGCUUCACCACCAUGUUUGCUGACUAUGAAGCUUUCGUCAUUCAGAGCGCCCCCGACCUGGAGUCCUGGCUCACCAACCGGGAGCAGAUGCACAACUUUGACAAGGCCUCUUUCCUGUCCGACCAGCCUGAGCCCUACCUGCCCUUCCUCUCCCACUUCAUCGAGACACAGAUGUUUGCUACCUUCAUCGACAACAAGAUCAUGUCCCAGUGGGAGGAGAAGGAGCCACUGCUCCGCGUCUUUGACGCUCGCAUCGACAAGGCCCGCCUCUACAACGUCCGCGCCCCUAGCCUCCGAUCUUCCAGCUACCAGCGCUGCUCCAUCCUCAAGGAGUCCGCUCAGGCCAUCGAGCAGCGACUGAUGAAGAUCGACCACACCGCCAUCCACCCGCACCUGCUGGACAUGAAGAUCGGUCAGGGCAAAUACGAGCAGGGAUUCUUCCCCAAACUGCAGGCCGACGUGCUCAACACGGGUCCGACCAAUAACAAGUGGUCUCAUCGGACGGCGACUGCUCAGCGAAGGAAAGACCGUCACAGACAACAAACAGAACAUCUGGGCCUCGACAACGACCUCAAAGAGCAGGUGGAGGGCUGUCUGGUCCUGCAGAACUCCAUGGCGUUUUGGGAGUGGGACAAAGCGUCCCCUCCGCCUAUCAAACCGCCUAAAAAAUCUGCCUCUGCAUCCUGCCUGAAAUACAUGCAGGAGGCCCGCAGCCUGGGGAAGAACCUGCGACAGCCCAAACUGUCCGAUCUGUCUCCCGCCGUCAUCGCCCAGACCAACUGGAAGUUUGUGGAGGGGCUGCUGAAGGAGUGUCGCAUGAAGACCAAGCGUAUGCUGGUGGAGAAGAUGGGCCGGGAGGCGGUGGAGCUGGGCCACGGCGAGGCCAACAUCACGGGGCUUGAGGAGAACACUCUGAUCGCCAGCCUGUGUGACCUGCUGGAGAGGAUCUGGAGCCACGGGCUGCAGGUCAAACAGGGGAAGUCAGCGCUGUGGUCCCACCUGCUGCACUACCAGGCCAGAGAGGACAAGCUGCAGGAGCAGCAGGCCGAGUCACCAGUGCCCCAUGUCCCUGAGAGGAGGAAGUCUGACAGCUCCAUAGCAAUGCCGUCUCUCCGGGUGUCCCUCAUACAGGAUAUGAGACAUAUCCAGAGCAUGUCAGAGAUAAAGACAGAUGUGGGCCGAGCGAGAGCCUGGAUCCGUCUUUCCCUGGAGAAGAAGCUGCUCUCUCAGCACCUCAAACAGCUGCUGUCCCGACAAGCCUUAACCAAGAAGCUGUACAAGCGUUACGCCUUCCUGCGCUGUGAGGAGGAGAAGGAGCAGUUCCUCUUCCACCUGCUCUCUCUCAACGCUGUCGACUACUUCUGCUUCACCAGCGUCUUCACCACCAUCAUGAUCCCGUACCGAGUCGUCAUCAUUCCAAUCAAGAAGCUGAGCAACGCCAUGACCACCUCCAACCCCUGGGUGUGUGUGUCAGGAGAACUGGGAGAUUCGGGCAUCAUGCAAAUCCCCAAGAACGUGCUGGAGAUGACCUUCGACUCUGCUUUCAGGCCUCACACGCACAUCUCCGCCUUGUUCAAGUGUCAGAACCUGGGGAAGCUGACCACGGCACAGCUGGGUCACGAUAACGCCGGCCUCCUGGCUAAAUGGCUGGUGGACUGUGUCAUGGUGCGCAAUGAGAUCACAGGACACACCUACAGGUUCCCGUGUGGUCGGUGGCUUGGGAAGGGCGUGGACGACGGAAGCCUGGAGAGGGUCCUGAUCGGUGAGCUGGUGGUGCCCAGCGGAGAGGAGGAUUCUGGGAGAGGCUGCCGUACACCCCCGCUGCAGCGCUCGCCAUCCCAGACCAGACGCAUCAGCAUCACGUCGCUGUCAGGACGAGGACACAAACCGACCUCAGCCCAAAUCCAAGAGGCCAUUGGGGAGGCUGUGAACAACAUCGUCAAACACUUCCACAAGCCGGAGAAAGAGAGAGGCAGUCUGACCGUCCUGCUGUGUGGAGAGAACAGUUUGGUGGCAGCUCUGGAACAGUUCUUCCAUCAUGGCUUCAAGUCCUCUCGGCUCUUCCAGAAGACGGUGUUUGUGUGGGACUUUGUGGAGAAGGCUGUUGCCUACAUGGAGUCAGCUGACCAGAUGGGGGACCUUCAGGAGACGACGGAGCCUCUGGGGAUGACCUGUCAAUCACUCUGUCGCUAUGUCAACGCCAUCAACUCCACCCCCAGGAACAUUGGCAAGGAUGGGAAGUUCCAGCUGCUGGUCUGCCUCGGAGCCAGAGACCGGCUGCUAACCCAGUGGCUCCCCCUGCUGGUGGAGUGCCCAGUGAUCCAGCGGAUGUACGAAGACACAGCCCUGCUCAGAGACCGCACCACUGUCAAUGCCCUCAUCGGAGUCCUGGAGACGCUCCACGACUUCCCCAUCACAAUGGAAGCCUCGCUGGUCAAAGGCAUCGACCUAUAGCUACGGGAGAGAGCGCUGACACUUAGCUCUGCAUUUUCCUCCAAAACUUCUCCUCACUACCACCAACCUCACCCAGCCCUCCACCUUUAGCUUCUGGGAUUAGACAUGUGAGCACGUAAGAAAGGAGUGAGGGACAAGACAUGGAAACUGAGGAGACAUUUGGGUACCAAAGCAAAAAGUUCCACUGCUUCUGUGAGAGGUUGGGGCGCUGGAUGCAGUAUUAUUUCCCCGCCCUCAGCUCUCAAAAACCCUUUUAAACUCAAAACAACCAGUCUGUAGUCAUGUUUUAUCUCAUGAACUACAGAUCCCACUUACUAAACAUGACUGUGUACAAUUUUCCAUUUGAUUUGGAAUGAUUUCCCACGUUCCAGGCAGCCGCUGGUUACACUUGUUUUCAUUACACUUAAAAUCUUGAAGCAACAUUAAGCUUGCUGUAGCCCAUCAUAGUAUUUUAUUUUUUAUUAUUGUCAGUAAAUGCCAUGAAAAGACCCGAACCAAGAGCUUUUCAGUCCGUCUCUUAAUACUUCCUGAUUUCCCUACAGCAUGUGGCUCACAGCUCCAAGAUCAUUGGUUUCCACCAGGGAUGCAACAUAUUGGAUUUUUUGCCCAAAAAUAACGUGUUAAAAAAAAUAACGCUGAUUAAUCGCGAUCGGUGGUGCACUUUGACCCCACACGUCAUUAAAGGCCACAGUGGCUUUGUGAGUUGAGUUUUCGUGUCAUCAGAGUACUUAAAGCCGGAAAUAUCACCACAAAGCAAAUCAUGUAGCAGCGGGGCCCGUGUUAGCAGGGUUGAGCGUCAGCACCGCCCACAUGAGCAGCGCUGGUCAGACGCGUCACAGCUGCCUGUCAGCUGCGGCACGUCAGGAGAAAAGCUAAAUUCACCUCAACAGAAAGAAACUGCAUUUUUGGGGGACUAUUUUAAGUGGUGGAUUAAUCUAUAUCUGGUGUUUUAGUGUUGGAUCUUUCAUUUCAUUUCAUGGGAAUGAAAGACUGCAAGAAAAAUAUAAAAUAUCAACAGACUUAUUCUGUAAAAUAUACCAACAUGUCAUGGCAAUGUAAUUUUACAAAAGCAAACAACAACAACAAAACAGCAAGCUUAUGUUAAGCUAAUGCUUCUGCAGGUUAAUUUUCAUAGUGUAUUUAAAACAACUGAAACAGCAGCUGCUUGAAGGGAAGAAAAAACUAACGAAAAGUGUUAAAUAUGCUUUGGAAAAUUGUUGACAGUAAUACACACAUAAAAGGGGGGAAUUGCAAAACCACUGGAGUGUUUCUUUAAACUUUUAGUAGCAGCAGAAGACAUGCUAUCAUCAUAGCCUAGCCUGCCUUCAGAAGGUAAAACUAGAUAAACUGUGUGAUAGAUUCACUUUCCAGCCUGCAGCUGGCGAUUACAGUGCCACCUUCCCUACACCCUAGUUAGCGUUAGCACUAGCGAGCAUGCCUAUGGGACGUGGAAAGAUGAGACGACCUCAGGAAGAGACUGAGUGAUCACUGACACGCUAGGACAAGGACUAUGUUCCAUAACCUACUGACUGUCACCCUGCGCAGUGUUACAGUCAGCAGCUCUCAUGCAGCUCUGUGUUUCAACUCACUGGACGUGUGUUGGGCAUUUUAUCCACAUAAAACACAAACUGAUGUCAGUGAUGAGACUCAGAGUCAGGGGCUGAGUCUGUGGCCGCAGGGACAUUCCUACUGAACAGGUAUCGUCCUGUCUGUUUGAAAUGCUGUGUCCGAGUGUGUGUGCAUGUGUGUCAUAUUUCAGGAUCUGUGCAAGCUGGUGCAUGUGUGUUUACUCUGCAUUUAUUUUUAUAUCUACCAAAUUUUGAUCAACUCAUUUCU